AUUAUACAAUCGGUCAGUUUAAUAGAAUCCUCAUUAUACAGUCUGGGCGAAUCAGCUGUGGGCGUCGGUUUUACACUAUUUAGUAAUCCUGAUGUUCUUUGGCUGAAAACGACGGAGAUACUACCAUAAACACUUGAAUUAAACACACGUGUUGUCUGUCAUGCGUGGAAGUUGUUCCAAGUGGCUCUGAACCACUGCAGACCUUGUUCGCACGCGGAAGUGUGUGUCCACUUCGAAAAGUGAGACGGUGCCCUGAUUAAAAUUCGUAAAAUGUGGAUCAUUGUAGCAAUCAGUUGUGCGGCUCUAGCUGCAUUCCUAUACAAAUAUGUGUUCCGUACAUCCGGACCAAAUCCUUUCGAUAUCGACACUCGUGCGCCGCUUAAACCACUGGUCACCCAAAAGAAGGAGAAAAACAAAGUUCUGAAGCAGGGUUUCUUGGCCAGUAAAGUACCUGAGAAACUAGAUGCGAUUGUCAUUGGCAGUGGAAUUGGUGGUCUUGGGGUGGCGGUGCUGCUUGCUAAGGUUGGAAAGCGGGUCCUGGUUCUGGAGCAACAUGAUCGGGCUGGAGGCUGCUGCCACACCUUUACAGAGAAAGGCUUUGAGUUUGACGUGGGUAUCCACUACAUCGGGGACCUGUUGGAACAUAAGCCAUUCCGCUGCAUGCUUGACCAGCUGACCAAUGGUCAGYUGCAGUGGGAGCCGCUGGACAACCCCUUUGAUCAGGUGGUGCUGGGCCCUCCUGGAAACAGGCGCACCUACCCCAUCUACAGCGGCAGGAACCGUUUCCCUGACGAGCUGAAGAAGUUAUUUCCUGGGGAGGAGGCGGCCAUCGAUGAGUACAUGAGGCUGGUCAAGAAAGCAGGACACAACAUUUGGUUCCUGGGUCUGCUGAAGCUCAUUCCUCUCCCCCUGGCCAAGUUCCUGGUGUACACGGGCCUGGCCAAUCGUCUGUCAUUCUUCUUCCGCAUGGCGUCUCGCAGCGUGACAGAGGUGGUCAACGAGCUGACUAAGAACAAUGACCUCAGGGUCAUSUUCAGCUACAUCUUUGGCACUUACGGUAACAUGCCCAAGGAUGCCAGCUUCUCCAUGCACAGCCUGAUGGUCUGCCACUACCUGACUGGCGCCUGGUACCCAAUAGGAGGAGCCAGUGAGAUCGCCUACCACAUGAUCCCUAUCGUUGAGAAAGCCGGGGGGGCCGUGCUCGUCCGCGCCCCAGUCAACCGCAUCCUGUUCAACGACAACAAGGAGGCUAUUGGUGUGAGCGUGAUGAAGGGUCAGGAGGAGAUCCAUGUGCUUGCUCCAAUGGUCAUCUCYAACGCCGGCAUCUUCAACACCUACCAGCAGCUGCUGCCUAAGGAACUCCAGGCCAUGCCAGCCAUCCAGAAGCAGCUUGGUAUGAUGAAAAACGGGGCGGGAGGUCUGAGCAUCUUCCUGGGCCUGACUGGAACCAAGGAGGACCUGGGCCUCAAAGCAGACAACUACUGGAUCUUCACGGAGCACAACAUGGAUGAACUGGUUGAGACCUAUCUGAAGGGGAACAGGGAGGAGUCAGCGAAAAGUGUUCCCAUGCUCUUUGUGGCCUCUCCAUCAGCCAAAGAUCCCACCUGGGAGGAACGAUCACCAGGCAAGUCCACCCUGAGUCUGGUGAGCUUYGCUAACUAUGAGUGGUUUGAGGAGUGGAAGGAUGACAAGGUGACCAACAGAGGGACUGAUUACAAGGAGCUGAAGCAGAUAUUCUGUGACUCGAUUCUGGAGGUGGUGAUGAGUGUCUUCCCCAAGAUUACCAGGGACAAGGUUGAGUUCAUCGAGGCUGGAACACCCAUAACAAACACACACUACAUUGGAGCCCCGAAAGGGGAGAUCUAUGGAGCAGACCAUGGCACAGCUCGUUUCAGCGCUGAGUGCAAUGCCACYGUGAGGCCCCAGACACCCCUGAAGAACCUUUACCUCACAGGUCAGGAUGUGUUUGUGUGUGGCUUUGCUGGUGCACUGGCUGGGGCUCUCACCUGUGGUUCUGUCAUCCUCAACCGUAACCUGCACCUGGAUGCCAUUGCUCUGGCCAAGAAGACCAAACGUSUCGACACUAAGAAGUUGAAGUAACACGCUACUGACCACCUCCCUCAACCCAUUGUUGCGCCGGGUGAAGUUUCCCUUAAGUACAGRUCUAGGAUCAACUUCCUCUCCCCCAAUCCACAUUAUUGGGGGAAAAUGCCCAAGAUCAGCAUCUAGGGGCAACUUCAUCCUACUCCACCCAACUCACCAAAGCUACAAUAACACAAGCCCWGGGACAGGCUUCAAUCUCUGGUCCUACAGUCAACACAGUGAACAGAUGCCUCAAGAUGGUUACUGUGUGUUUGAGUGUGUAACUAUUCUUAUCAAUGAGUGUAGAKAACUCUGCUCUCUCUCACUUAAGGGAAAACAAAAUUGAAAGUCGAGGAAUCUUUCAAUCAAAUGUAUUUUAUAAAGCCCUUACAUCAGCUGAUGUCAAAGUGCUGUAUAGAAACUCAGCCUAAAACC